AUGAGCAAACAAACACCAAGCCCAGGCUAUUACGAUGAAGAAAUUGAGGAGGCUUGCAGGGAUCUCUCUCGAAAGAUCUUGAAAUUAAAUAAGGGUCAAGUAGAUGCUAAACAAAAACAAGCUUUCUUUGAUAGUGUUGAUGAGGACUUUAAGUCUCUUCAAAAAAUUUAUAAGGGCAUGUUUAGAAGUGUUCAAAUGGAAGGUGUUGAUGCAUCUUGGAAGAAGAAACUUUCUCAACACAAGAGUGAAAUUGCUAAAUUACUUCAAAACUUCCAAACUGCCAAAGAAAAAUCCAAUAAGGAUGAAUUACUAGGAGCAACAACAGAAAAGAAGAAGGAAACUUCUAAGAAAAAAACUAACAAGACAAAAGAUGAUGAUGAUGAAGUCGUUGAGGUUGUAGCAUCGGAGAAGAGUGCCUCAAACAAAACAAAGAAUGAGCAAAUUGCUGAUGAAUUAUUUAAAGAAAUUUAUGAAACUCAAGGUGAUUCAUUGGAUAUUGUUAAAAGACUUAUUGAUAAAGCAGAUGAAACCAAAGCAAUUGCUGCUGAAUCAAUGGAAAUGCUCAAACGACAAAGAGAACAAUUAGAAAGAAUAGAUAAGGAGAUGGAUGAGUUGGGAAGCAACAUCACCAGAGGUUCAAAUGAACUCAAAUCCUUCAUGAGAAGAUUAGCCACAGACAAACUCAUCAUGGUUUUGAUCUUGUUGGUUGUUUUGGCUGUUCUUGGUAUUAUCAUUUGGAGAAUUGUAGAUUAUUGUGUUAACAAAUUCAUGCCAAAACAGAAUAAUAAUAACUCUGGUAAUACUACCCCACAAAAAUCAACAACAAAAACAACGGAAAUGGAUAUGUAUGAACAAUAUAAUCCAAGUGAUUAUGUAAGGUUGUUCUAA